GCAAAACGUUCACAGACCGCCAUAUAAAACCUAAUCAGAAGAAGAAAGCGAUACACUCGCUUCUUUAUGACGACAGAUUCAACAAGGAAAGGGAAAUGGCGCUAAAGAGCUUUUUACCCAUGCCGACUCAGCUGUCUCAAGACCAGCUUGAGGCAGAAGAGGCUGCAACGGCACAGGGGUCCCAUUCCACAGCGCUGGUGUUAACUCGUAGAGAACCUCCUCCGUAUGGCUCCCGAAAAGGAUGGGUGCCUCGCACUGCUGAGGACUUUGGUGACGGCGGUGCGUUUCCGGAGAUCUACGUGGCUCAGUACCCACUUGAAAUGGGCAGAAAGAAGAGAACCUCCAACGCACUCGCCUUACAGGUGGAUGCGGAAGGGAAGAUCAAGUAUGAUGCGAUUGCUCGUCAGGGACAGGGAAAGGAUAAGGUCAUAUUUAGUAAAUAUACAGAUUUGCUUCCGAAAGACGUGCUUCAUGAUGAUGCUCCCGAGCUGCAGAGACCUGAUGGGGAGGCAGUUCAAGAGCUCACAGAAAAGACCAGAGCUGCUUUAGACAAGCAGGUAUCCCAGAAGAUUGCUGCCGCCAUGCCUGUACGAGCAGCAGAUAAACAGGCCCCGGCACAGUACAUCCGGUACACGCCUUCGCAGCAGGGUGUGGCAUUUAACUCUGGUGCCAAGCAGAGGGUCAUUCGUAUGGUGGAGAUGCAGAAAGACCCGAUGGAGCCACCACGGUUCAAGAUUAAUAAGAAGAUUCCUCGUGGACCCCCGUCUCCUCCUGCUCCAGUCAUGCACUCUCCCAGCAGAAAGAUGACCGUGAAAGAACAACAAGAGUGGAAGAUUCCUCCCUGCAUUUCCAACUGGAAGAACGCCAAGGGUUACACAAUACCACUGGACAAGCGUCUGGCUGCUGAUGGAAGAGGUCUUCAGACAGUUCACAUCAAUGAGAAUUUCGCCAAGUUAGCUGAGGCUCUCUACAUUGCGGACAGAAAGGCACGAGAGGCAGUGGAGAUGCGUGCGCAGGUGGAAAAGAAAAUGGCACAAAAGGAAAAGGAGAAAAAGGAGGAGAAGCUCAGGGAACUGGCGAAGAUGGCCCGGGACAGGAGAGCGGGCAUCAAAGGCCACGGAGACAAAGGUGGUGAUGACACCGAGGUUAGGGAGCGUGAUGAUAUCCGCCAUGACAGGAGGAAGGAGAGGCAGCACGACAGGAAUAUCUCCAGAGCCGCCCCCGAUAAAAGGUCUAAAUUGCAGAGGGACCAGGACCGAGAUAUCAGUGAGGCGAUUGCUCUGGGUCUGCCCAACCCACGUAUCUCCAGCGAGGCUCAGUAUGAUCAGCGCCUCUUUAACCAGAGCAGGGGUAUGGACAGUGGAUUUGCGGGAGGAGAGGAUGAGGUGUAUAAUGUAUACGACCAGCCCUUUGGGAGAGGCAGAGACAUGGCACAGAGCAUCUACAGGCCCAGCAAGAACACAGGAAAGGAUGUGUAUGGAGAUGACCUGGACACACUCAUGCAGAGCACCAGGUUUGUCCCUGACAGGGAGUUUUCCGGUACGGAUCAUGGACCACGCAGAGAUGGACCUGUCCAAUUUGAAGAAGAUCCUUUUGGUCUGGACAAGUUCUUGGAAGAGGCCAAGCAACAUGGUGGCUCCAAAAGGCCAUCGACGGCCGGGCGCUCAAAGGACUACGAUCAUGACAAGAAGCGCAGGAAGGAGUGAGCAGCAAGUCCAGUACCCAUUACUUUAGGAUUCACACCAGCUUUCAAGCUCAAUCCAUAGGGAAAGCUUCUUUUAAUAAUCUUGUCUGGUAAUCCUCCAUGACAGUAGAAACAUGUACCAAAUGUCCACCUAUAUUACUGACUUUGAAGCUGGCUUGUAUUCAUGCUGUAUAAAGGUGAUUGGGGGGGCCCUGGUGAAGUUGCCCAUUCUCAUCAUUUCUUAAUAAAUUUUGUAUCAUAAAAGUUGUGAAGAUUUACCAACCAAGGAAGUUGUACAUAACUUGCUUGUGUUCUAUAUUUUUAACAGCUUACAUUUUGUCCAUGCAUCCAAACAAUUCUGAUAUAACAGAUUUCCGUGUUUUUCAAUUCCGGCGUUCCCUCGUCUGCCGAAAUACUGCAGGGUGUCCUAAAAGUCUCUGUACAUAGAUACGGAGCGGACUAUGUACACCAGCAGCACGUCGGGUGUGCCUUCGUCAGCGGAUGUUCGUGUUGUUGACGUCCACUUCUUCUCGGUCGUAUGAAGGGCUUGAGACAGCGUCCCGAUCCAGCCACGAGAAUUAUUUCAAUACGUUCUUCUUAAACGUUAUCGGGGGUGGGGGGGAACUCCUACUAUAUAGUAUAUAAUAAGUAUGAACAAUUUUGGAAGAUAUUUUGCUUAAAAAAAAGUGUUGAUUUCCGCUGUGUAUGGAGACAUUUAGGACACCCUGUGGUGUAGCAAACUAACUACUGCCCUCUUAAAUACAUACUAUCCCUGUUUUCAGAAUUUGUCCGAGCAGCACUUUACUUUAAACCUCCACUAAAGUGCAUUGUACUAUGUAUGUGGGCUUCUAUUGCUGAAUAAAUCGGUCAUAUUCUGUU